AUGGGACAUGGAAUAGUUGGUUCUAUACUAACUUUAAUUUCACUUAUUCAUGCUUCAUUUGCAAUUGUGAUUUCGGUUAUUGUCAUCGGUAUUAUUAUCUAUCAUCAAUAUCAUAAUCGUUUAAGACGAGAAGAGAAAAUAACUCUUAUUCUCUCUGCUAAUAUCUAUUUUUAUAUGAAUAUCUAUGUAGUGUUAUUAAUCUCAUGUAAUAUUCAAACAUUAUUAGGUGACAUAUAUGAGAAAAAUUUUGAUUCAUCAUGGUGUACAUUUAGAGAAUAUUUUACUGGUGUUACAUGUUGUGCUGUAUUUAAUGCUUUCGUUAUUCAGGCCUUCUAUCGUCUUUGUCGUAUUGUGUAUUCAAAUCAUAGAUGGAUUCGAUUUUUUUGGCUUUAUGUCAUCCCAAUACCUAUUCAAUUAGUAGGAGCUAUUAUUAUUUUAUGUCCUAUUCUGAUAUGGCAUGAUGUCACAUAUUUACCUAAUGAAUAUUAUUGUUCGCCUGCAUUCACAAAAACUCGUGGUAUUCUUUGGGGUACAUUUACUGCUUAUGGAUUACCUCUCUUACUUUUCUCUCUUAUAUAUCUUCGUAUUACAAUAUUUAUUCGUCAACAACCCCUUAACCAAACAUUGAUGGUAAAGCAACGACAAAAACGAGAUUUGGCUGCUAUUCAACGAAUUUUUAUUAAUGUUGGUCUAUUGUUGGUUUGUGGAACUCCAGGUGCAAUUCUUUUGAUAAUGUACUUCGUCAUUGGUAUUGAAUAUCCAUUAACCUAUCGUAUUAUGUGGGUUGGACCCGCAGUAUCUAUGGCAAUAUUAAGUAUACAAAUGAUAUUUAUGACACCUCAAUUGAAAAAUCUUAUUACUAUAAGACGAUGA